AUGGCAGACACGCCGAAUGAUUUACCCCAGCGGCCCGGAACUCGCGGUCGCGAGCGCCUAGGUACACUUGCUGGCGGUUUUCAUUUUAGAGGCACAAGUGCAUCAAACACACCCCUCAGCGUGGAUGCAGCUCGGAUGCGGGAUGCUCGUCUGGAUCCGCGGCGCAGGGCUGCAGAGCAGCAGCGAGACACUGCUGCACGAGCUGCUGCUCGUCAAGACCCAGAGUACGGGGCUGCGGAGCAGCAACACCACCGAGACCGGGAGGGCUGGGCUGUGGGGCAGCACCACCACCAAGACCCGGAGCGCAGGGCUGCGGAACAGCAGCGUAACACUGCUGCACGAGCUGCUGCCCGUCAAGAUCCGGAGCGCAGGGCUGCAGAACAGCAGCGUAACACCGCUGCACGAGCUGCUGCCCAUCAAGAUCCGGAGCGCAGGGCUGCAGAACAGCAGCGUAACACCGCUGCACGAGCUGCUGCCCGUCAAGAUCCGGAGCGCAGGGCUGCAGAACAGCAGCGUGACACCGCUGCACGAGCUGCUGCCCGUCAAGAUCCGGAGCACAGGGCUGCACAACAGCAGCGUGACACCGCUGCACGAGCUGCUGCCCGUCAAGAUCCGGAGCGCAGGGCUGCACAACAGCAGCGUGACACCGCUGCACACGCUGCUGCCCGUGCUCCAGCACGCCGAAUACCUGAAGCGGCUUUGGCACGACUCGAUCCGGGUGACGUGCCAUCUGUUAAUCACCUGGGCGAUCCCUUGCCUGCGCCCACGUUCGUGGAGAGUCAGCUGCUAGGGCGGGGCCGUCUCAUGCAGCAGCUCAUGAUUGUACAUCUCGCGGGCCGCCCUCCCGAGGUAUUGCCAUGUGCCGUUCAAUCUCAUGGCAUCGCGGUCGUAAACCCUGACCCCAAUAUGCUACGGGGCCAGUUGCCCGCGCGUGUUGCGGAUUUGGCUGGCGCUUUCACGGUGGUUUGCGUGGAUCAAGUCCGAGACCGGCAGGACUUGCUGGAUCGUGUCCGCCGUGCACCAGGCCUGAAAGUGCGUGGCAACAUCGUCGUCGCCUGGGUGCGUUUCCUUCAACAUAACGAUGAAGAUGAAGGUGCAGUGGAUGAAGAAGCUAUACAGGAGUAUGAGCGUAUGGGAUGCAUUGCACAAGUACCGGAAGCACUGCUGCGCUCCGCAAUCGGUCCUACCGAUCCGGAAGUCGCUGGUGUACUGCGAAGUACCUUCCUACACGACCGUACCGGUGCUGCUGGUGUACGGCAGCUGCAUGAAACGUUGCAAGGAAACAUCGUUGGUAAUAACUUUGAUGGCGGUGGCGUUUAUGGUUCACCACUUGAGACAGCUGCCGACGACACCACAGCUGGACCGACCGGCACAGCUAAUGAUAUCCUUCAUGAUGCUGGCGCCUAUGGACCACCGCUUCGUACAGGUCCCGAUGUACCCGCGCCUGGAACGACCACCUCCGACACUCGCAUGGCAGAUGCUGGUGCUACGGGCUUGGCGCCUGUCGCGGUCGUCCUGCGCCAACCAGGCGAUCCUGCUGAUGCCAAUCUGGGCAUCCCGAAUGAACUGGAGGUGGUCCUUCCACAACCAGCUCCUGUUCCGACGGACGGCACCGACUUUGAUAACCGGCCCAACGUGGUGCAUGACUUGCUCACCGGGCGUGCACGUCUCGCGUUCGCUGCUGGCGGCCGUGGUGCUCAGAUCCUGGAUGACCGCCAUCCAGCCAUCCUCAACGUCUGCUUCCCGGUUUCGUUUCCAUAUGGUUUGUCCGGACAACGGCCACCGGGUAUGUCGUUCGCCUCGUAUUGCAGCCACCUCGUACGGAGGGUGCCACGGGCGCAGUUCAGUGGUAACUUGAUGCUGCUUGCCCGAAUGUAUGAUAUCAGCGUGCGGCAGCAAAGCAUGGCGCAGGUAGGAGUGGCCCUGCGCAUGCGACCACGGCUGGGUGGAGCAGCGGCACUAGUACCACGGGAUGUGGUACGUACCAUGGCAGACAUCUUGGCACUACCGUACCGUCAUGCGCAGCGACGGCACCUGCUGUCGCAACAGUCACCCGUGGUGCGUGCCCUCCUGGAUGGCGCACGCGCCAGCCUGCUACGAAUCGACCUUACGGAUGCCUACUACAACGGUGCAAAAGCCACGAUGCGUGCGGCUGCCCUCACUAUUGGCUGGCCGCCAUUGUUCUUCAAUCUGAACCCGGCGGACAUGCACGCUAGCUGUGCCGUUGUAGCCUCCGGUCAGGUCAUAGAUUUUGAUGACGCCGGGCGUCCGACCCAUAUCAGCAGCACGGUGGAAAAGUGGCGCCGCGUCAAAGAAGACCCGCACAGCUGUGCGGCGCUGCUCAUCGCCACCAAAGAGGUGUUGGUGGAACACCUGUUUGGCUUCACGCCUGGAGCAAUGCGACAAACUGACCCCAACUGUUUCUGUGGGGUCGUAUUUGAGGUAGUCGUGAAAAUCGAGCAGAGCGGACGAUUGGCACUACACCUGCACGGAGUCGCACACCUCCAGUACUUCGCGCUGGACAACCUCCAAGCGUUAUUCUGCGGUCCGAAUUGCCGAGCUCUGGCGCUUGCAUACGCGUUGUGCGAAAUGUGGUACCCCUCGCCGUACUAUGCUCCGACACCGACCAAUGAAAUGCAGCCUCUCGUCAUGGGUAUGUCUAAUACGGAAGCGCAGCAACACGGCUUGUCCGUGCCAGAAGUACAGGCAAAUUGCCCACCUGCCGCGUACGACUUUGAAUGCCUGGCAGGUUCAACAUGCAAGCGGCACGGCUGCCGUGGCACCGACGACAGCUGCGGCAUGGCCUUUCCCCGAUUUAUCCGCACAGCUUUCCAGUGGGUCGGUACCACCGGUCUAUUUUUGCUGCCCCGCCUCGCAUCCAACCUGGUGCCGCACAUGCCUGCGAUUGCUCUGGCCUUCGGAUGCAACCAUCUGAUGUCCCUGGCCUGCGAAGUCGACCGGGAUUACACGGCUGACAUCGCCGCCCAACUAGCGCGUCCCAUCAACGAACGCGGCGACUGCCCCCUCCUACAACCCGCCAUUGAUCGCGCCCGUGACGCUGCGUACUACAGCUCCAAGUACACUGCGAAGACAAUCGAACGCAGCCAGGCGCACCUCACGUGUACCGCCGUAGGGCGUGUACAGGACUUCAUGAUGGCAGGUCACCAACCCAGUGCCACUGGUCAUGAACCCAGCGUGUUCGGCAACCUGUGUACUGCGGUGCAUCGCAUGACGGCUACCAUCACGGCCGGCAUGGCACUGGUUGCUUUCAAACUAUCGGGCCACGACACGUUCCAAGCAACCUACAAACGCAACUACCUGGCGACAGGCGCCUUCACUGCACUGGCAUCCGAUUCCGCUGUGGAACCAGAAGACGCGGAAACCGGCGUGGAGCUUGUAGAGGCGGACGAACAUGGCGACUACACCCUCGCCAACGUUGUGCAAAACUACACGCAACGUGGUGUGGAGCUGAGCGGCUUGGACUGCAGCGCUUACACCAUCGCAUCCAACUUCGAGGUGAAACGUGUAACACCCGCGCAACACCCUCAUGCUGCCGUCCUUGGCGCUCAAACCCACGCCGUACCUGGCCGCCGCAAACGCAAGGUCCCUGGCGCCGCCAUUACCCCUACGACUGACGCACCUCGCGCUCCAUCUGGCAACCAGCCCGACACUCCAUUGACGUCCCCUGCACCAGCCGGCCCAUCCGUGGAACAGCUGCCCACUAACCCAACGUCAACCAUACCUCCCAAGAAUGUGGCCUUCCAACCAACGCACCCCCUAUAUCUGACGCACGUACUUCAUCGCCUAGCGCAACCAAGCUCCAAGUACACUGCGAAGACAAUCGAACGCAGCCAGGCGCACCUCACAUGUACCGCCGUAGGGCGUGUACAGGACUUCAUGAUGGCAGGUCACCAACCCAGUGCCACUGGUCAUGAACCCAGCGUGUUCGGCAACCUGUGUACCGCGGUGCAUCGCAUGACGGCUACCAUCACGGCCGGCAUGGCACUGGUUGCUUUCAAACUAUCGGGCCACGACACGUUCCAAGCAACCUACAAACGCAACUACCUGGCGACAGGCGCCUUCACUGCACUGGCAUCCGAUUCCGCUGUGGAACCAGAAGACGCGGAAACCGGCGUGGAGCUUGUAGAGGCGGACGAACAUGGCGACUACACCCUCGCCAACGUUGUGCAAAACUACACGCAACGUGGUGUGGAGCUGAGCGGCUUGGACUGCAGCACUUACACCAUCGCAUCCAACUUCGAGGUGAAACGUGUAACACCCGCGCAACACCCUCAUGCUGCCGUCCUUGGCGCUCAAACCCACGCCGUACCUGGCCGCCGCAAACGCAAGGUCCCUGGCGCCGCCAUUACCCCUACGACUGACGCACCUCGCGCUCCAUCUGGCAACCAGCCCGACACUCCAUUGACGUCCCCUGCACCAGCCGGCCCAUCCGUGGAACAGCUGCCCACUAACCCAACGUCAACCAUAUCUCCCAAGAAUGUGGCCUUCCAACCAACGCACCCCCUAUAUCUGACGCACGUACUUCAUCGCCUAGCGCAACCAAGGUACGUUGUGUUGGGUGGCAAACUGCCCCGUCGCCCGCAAGCAGAAAGCACCACCGCAGCCGCCACCGCCUACUAUGCGUUCGUUUUAGGAGUCUUUAAGGCCCACCGUGGCCAACCAGUGGCUGCCGAUCAGACAGUGAAAGAGGCGUACGACGCAUGGUGGAUGGACCUGGGAACCACUGAGACUGGCCGAUCAUACAGAGCCUGUAUCAGCGUCCUACUAGACAACAUCGAAGCAGAACACAUCGCCGGCGCCCGACGUCAAGCCGAUUACAACUUGCGACGUCGCCUACGCCGUACUGCCGCUGCAAACGCCGGUCUGGCUCCCGAAAACAGUUCCAGCGACCCAGACGAUGAAGACCCAGAAGCUGCACGACGCCAUCUCGAACCCGAUCCUACCACACAGCCGCCGCAAGAUGCCCAGGUCGAACGGUAUGACUUUGUGCCAGGCCAAGGCGACCCGACGAUGGGGAUCAACCUACCCGACAUCGCCCUAACGGACCUAUACGACCGCACCACGGUGGAAGGCCUCUACGCCUACGGUGCAGCUCGCCGUUGCCGUGUACUUCCUCUCCCUGAUGCACUCGGCGCGAACACCAACCCCUUCAUUCGCCGUGUACGGGCCACUGACGUCGCGCUGCUAAGUGAAGCUUCUAAGCGCCUGAAGCGCUAUCUAGUCGUCUCUGAAGGCACCACAACCACGCCGACCACCACUGAACGGACACCCCGUCUGCAAUUGGAUCGCCGCCCCGGCUACCCACUCGUAGCGGUACUCGUAAACGGCACCCAACAAUCUGACCGUAUCACAGCGGGAAUGCCAACCUACUUGCGUUUAGCACGGCCGCCGACCAUCGAUGAAACCAUCGAGCUGUUUACCCUGGCGCCGGAUCAGGCCGUGCCAUUCAUGCUCAUGGCACGCUACUUCGACCGCCGCAACCAACCCGAUCCAGGUGUCCCACCGCAAAUGCUCGUCAUGGGUCCUCCGGGCACAGGCAAGACUCAGUUCGUACACGCACUGCUGUGGUACACGUACCAACAUGACAGUCCUGACUGGGCCGCCACGUGCGCAUACUCUUGGGCCGCCGCGAUCGCGUUCAACACCCCAGUCCAUCGCAGCCUAUCUACCCACUCCAUGUUCGGCAUCUCAGCCAGCCAAAGCGGCUCCCGUGGCACCAACUUUCCUAAGCGCGGCGCACAUGCUGGCCUUCAAGUAAAACGCAACGUCGGCGAUGGCGCUGUGCUCAUCGACGAAAUUGGCAUGCAAAGCCACGAGCACCUCGGCGCCAUCAGCCACUCCUGCACAGCCAGUCUGCCGCCUCCGCCACACCUUGGGCCCGCCCAUGACAGCAGCCGCGUCUUAUCCGGCCGUGCCGCGGGCGGAAUCGGCGACCUGCUACAGCACCCUCAGCCAGGCGGUUCACCACCGUACCGCUACGCCGCCGACGUUGAGCGAAACCCCCAGUUCACUCCCUCGGCACCGACAGCACAACGCACACCAGCUUCGCUUGACGAAGACGACGACACCGGCAACCGUCGCGCCACCACCUCCACACAUCGCACUCGUCGCCCUGUGCCACAGACGCACACCCGCCUACACGACGGCUUCAACCUGUACCGUCAGCUCGGCGGCACCGUAUUCAUGCUGCAGAAACAGCAGCGGCAAGACAACAGCCCAUCUGGCCAGCAGCUUACCCGCUUCGCAACCAUGUUCGGCGGCAUUCCAACCACUGAAGCACGUGUCGCAGAUCUAGUAGACGCACUCAACCAACGCGUCAUCACAGAUUUGUCCGAUCUCACAGACCUCGAACCCCGCGUCGUGCUGCAACGGAACGAACCCAGGCACGCGCUCAACACACGCCUCCUGAUGCUCCAGGCGCGCCGCAAAGGAGCGCGUUUGGUCAGCUGGAAUGCGGACCACGUCCCGGUUAGGCAACAUGGCGCAACCCAACAACAGGCGCUCUCACACGUCGAAAAGGCUGUCGCAAUGCGAGUAAAAGACGCCACCUUCGACCACACCACCGCCGACACUUGGUACUACGAGGGUGCACGCUACACCCUACUCGACACCACAGCUGCCGACGCCGGCGCGUGCCACAACAAUGAAGUCGAGGCGUGUGGCCUGCUUACCGACAGCCGUGAACCGCCCGACGACGGCCGCGGCCCGUACUGGCGCCUCCACUACCUACCCGCAGCCGUCUUGGUCCGUCCCAUUAAAGGGCACGCGCCCAAAGCGGUGCUAGCAGACUUAUCGGACUUCGCAGCCAAAGGUGCUGCCUUCGCCAUCGUACCACGGCCCUCGCCGGCAGCAAACAUCACCGUGCCAGCCGCCAACACCGGCACCACCACCAAAAAUGUACGUCGAGUCAAUGUACCGCUUGGUGACUACUACGCCGUCACCGACUACUUCGUACAGGGCCGUAGCUUCAAGGAAGAAUGCUGGGUCGCAGACCUUUCCGUCCCGCCCGGUGGCCUCAAGCGUGCAACCAUGUACGUGUUGCUCACCCGCUACAAGACACUCGACCACAUCCGCCUCCUGCGCCCGCUCUCUACCACACCCGAUGAACGAACACGAGUCGUCAAACAGUUCAUGGCAGCAACCAAGCUGGACCCCGACCUGGCGGCCGAACUCCGCCUCCUGGAUCGCCGUGCAACCGAAACACGUGAACGCUAUACGACCGAGUACAAACACGCCAGAAACCUAGAGGAGCGUUGGACCUCCGCAGCCAACACCACCUGA